AUGCUGAACGCGAUUCGAAAGCAUCCGGAAGGUUCCAUCGAGGAGCAACCGCAGGUUGUUACGGAGAAACACAGCGAAGAGAUGGCCACUGCCCAGGAGCAGUACCACGAGCACACACAUGACCGCCACCCCGCGAUCCAGGAGACUGAGGAGGCUCAUGAGCACCACUACCAUCAUGACGCGGCGAGUGAGAAGGUCACCAGCAGCAGGUACAAUGCCGCAUCAGCCGAGGCAGAGACGGACGCCACCGGGGGGAGCGACGCCAUGGAUGACGCCACCAGCAACGGUUCAUCGUCAUCGCGGAAGACGGCGAUGGUGAAGGGCUACCGCAUUGAUGAGGUCGGCGCGCUAUGCAGCUCGUCGGAUGCCAUGUUCGCCCGGCGUCUCCCGUCCGGCGGGUGCCAGUUCUUUGCAUGGCCUGGUACGCCGCUGUCCGUGGCAAGCUCGGCGAUUGUGUCGAUGCCGGAUACGAUCCGCACUGUGCAUGCCGUCUUUGGCCGCGCCGGAACGCCGAUCGACAUUGUGAUGGAUAUCGACGCUCAGGUGCCGCAGGAGUAUUGGACAAUGUCGAAGAUUCGCGUCUAUCAGCGCAAGGUGCUAGAUGACGUGCUGACUCCGCUGAAGGAGGAGAUUGAGAAGAUUGGCGAGGAGAUCGAGACACAGGUUGUGCUGCAGUCACCGAACCUGAAGAAGGCGUCCUUUCACGUGCACACACGGCUGAAGGAUGCGGCCUUCGCAGACUUCUACUCCCUCCACGGAUUCCUCUUCCGUUUUCAGGAUCGACUCCCGAAUGUCGACCUACAGAUUUAUCGGCCGAACGGCAUGCUACGCAUGUUCAGCUGCAUGAAGGAGAACCGCACGAGCGCCAUCAUCGUCUUCGACGAGUCCAAGUGGAACAUUGGCUUCCCGGGCGGGAAGGUGAGCGACGAGCAGGCGGCGCUACACUCCAUCUGCGUGCGCGACCCGUCUACGUUCUCGCGCGUGCUUACCUUCGAGGCACCGCGGCAGAGCAACAUGCCCGCGUACGGCGGCAGCAAGGGAGCGUGCGGCGACGGCAGCGAAGGUGCUCUCCGGCCGCCGCAGGUGCUGCUGCCACUGACGGAGAAGGAGGCAAUCGAGAGCGCGUCUCGAUGGCUGCGGCAGGCGACGGAGGUAGAGGUGGGAGAGUGGCGCACGUGGAUCGGCCUGGGGCUGUGCGCCUACCGUGUGGCCUACCACUUCCGCAACGCCAGGAAUCUGCCUCGGCCGGCUAUGGCGGAGAUGCUUGACGCGUGGACGGAGGCAAGUCGCAAGUGCCCACUCAAGUUCCACAGUGGCGAAUGCGAGGCGCGCUGGGCCGCCUUCGACCCCGAGAAGCUUGGCAGCCAAUCCGAUUGGUGGUCAGCGUACAAGCGCCUCGGCCGCUUAGAGGUGCCGAUGCGCGAAGCCAUGGAGCGUGAGGCCGCGUUUGCUGCGCGGUGCGCCUCACGCUACCAGGCUGCUCCGGCAGCUGAAGUGCCCUUCGCGCCAGAGCCGCCGCAAUCCGCCGCCGCCGUCGGAAGCGUGACGUCGGCGUCGCGCAAGAUGAAGCAGCAGAAGAAGGCGUUCCGUCGGGCUUAG